AUGUCGCUGAAGGUGUGGGUGAAGCGUAGCGGCGUGGGAGAUGAGGAGGCGCUAGGAUUGCGUGUCCCUGCGGAUGGAACAGCGCACAGUGUUGUGGAGGCGUGUCGCGGUGUCUUUCGGAAUUUACAGCCUUCGCCAAUGGCCUUACGCACAGAGGAAGGCAUCAUCAUAGCGCUGGCGUCUCCUGUCGCGGCUCUCCAGAGCCACACAUUGGAGCUUAUCGAGAUGCCACAAGCGGAGGCGCCCAAAAAACGUGCUACUCGUCCUGUUGUUACCGCCACAGCCGCUCCUGCUGUUGCCGCUGUCUCGCGUGUGAAGAGUGAACCACUUAUUCGGCAACAUUUGCCUCAACGACGAACAGCGCGUGCAGCACUGCAGAGUACCGCUGCGAUCAAUACAGCUUUCUCAGCCAGAAAAGGUGCCCCGGCCCCUCCCCAGAAGACGAAGGGCGUUUGCACUGCUUCCGAGGCGGCAAAGUCUACUUCUACGGUGGACAACUUCACCGUGCUUUGGGACGGCUUGCCGGCGUUCACGCCUCACCCGCCGUGCAGAAACAUACCUUCAGUAGCGGGCGUACUGCAGCUUGCAAGGUGCGCCUAUAUGGCUAGUCUCGGGCCGGCAGCUGCUGUCGACGGCGCCCUUGCGUGUGACGCUGGCGAGGGGCACCCCCCAGGCGGCGACGCAGCGACGUCCUCGAGGAACGAUGGCACGCCGGAGCUGCCAGGGUCGGUGAACAACUCCAACAACAACGACAGCAGAAGUCAUACCAGUGACACAGGGGAUGAUGUCAUUUGUGAAGAAUGCGAGAAUGAAGGCAUAAAGCAGUCACAUGGGGAACACGGUGUGAUGUCUCUGGGUGAACUGGGCGCGCUGGAGGGGGUCAAGGAAGAGGUGUCAGCAUUCCGCACAGCUAGUGAGCUCCCCUACGAGACCACUGCAGCCAUUGCAACACCACUUGUUUUCACGAAAGAAGCAGAGGUAGAGGCGUUGGCGAGGGAUGAGACCGCAUCUGUGGAACGUGUGACACUAGAAGCAGAUUGUCGCGCUGACGUGAACGAAGACCUCAAUCACAGUAUCCUCCACAACAACGUUAGGGAAAGCGAGGAAACCAGGGAUGAUGCUGUCGUGGGUGCGGCAGUCAAUGACUUGCCUGACAACGGCGAGGCCUACUUUGAUGAAUGGUAA